GGUUUGAAAACUGAAAUGGAGGCAGAAGUGAGGAGGUGGUAUGAUAAUGUUAGAAAAUGGGGGCGAGGAAAUUCCGCGGAGGAAUGCAAAGCCACAUUUGAGAGUCUACAAGAUUUAUCAAGUUUUCUUAAGAAGCUCGAAGUGGAACUUGACAAAGCGAAGGGUGACCCACACGCGAUUUUAAAGAAAUUUCCAAGUGUUGGGAAACUUCUUGGACAGCUAUAUGAGAACACUGUAGUUUUAUUGUCAGAUGAAGUGUUUCCAAUUCUGGUGAGAUGCAGUUUACUUUUUUCAAACUGUUCUGGAGUCCAAGAAAGGAAUCUAAACAAAAAGGCAAAGAGUUGGGUACAAACUCAACUGAGGCGUGCAACCACACCCAUCCUUAAAAACAGUAUCUUGCACCAUAUUGGAGAAUUUUGGGGCUACACAGCUCAGGGGUCCUUGGAAAUAAUGUUGAACAAGUUGGUGUCAUCAAUGUGUCAUGACUUAGAAGUAUUACAAGGCUUUUUUUGGAAUGAGGAAGAAAGAGAAUUUUAUCCUCAGAAACCAAUAUCAGGACUAUGCUUAAAGGAACUGUCAGAAUUUUGCCUGCCUUUGAUAACUAUGCCACAAGCAAAACCAUUGGUGGAAAAGAUUCUUUGCAGCCAAAAAGGUUUGGAUUUGGUGACCAGUUGUCACGAUGAGGGUUUCCUUGUUUCUGAGAGUGUCUCGAAAGUGUUUUUGCAUGCUGUCUCUUUCAACAAAGGUCUGUUUUUAUCAUACGAUGCACAAGUUAAUCUGUGGAAAAGGCACCAAGCCGGCUUUGAAUCAGAGAUUUUAGAUUUGAUCGAGAUAUCAUCCAUCAAGAGGCCAUACAUUUCCCGAGACCAAUUAAGGGAUCUAAUUUCCUCACGGAAACUGUCUCGAGCCUGUGUAGAAAAUCCAGAAUUCUUUGCUGUGGCGUGGGGUGUUCUGAGUUCAUUUUUGACUCGAUCUGGAGGAAGCGCCCAAGUAGCAAAGUUAUUGUCAGUAUUUGGCCAAAUGUGUGUCGAGGAAUGCAAAGAGGGCCACCAACAGAUUCUCUCGACGUGUUCAGAAAUUUUUCCCGACUACUGUCAGCUGCUUGUGCGGAAACUGGCUUUCCGUCCCCACGAUGCAGCAGAUGAGGAAUCUGUUCUUGCGAAUUUGAAAAAUAUUCACCUCGAACUGGAAGAACUUACGCGGAGAUUGUCAUUAAGUGAGUUGUUCAAUGUCUGGAAAAUCCUUUGGUGUUUUCCCUCGUGGGAAAGAGAAGCUCUACAGAAGCCGCUUUCGAGAUCGUGUAGAGAGGAGGUAUUGAAUUGCUGUAUCAACAUUUUAUGCUGGUUUCACGUUCCUCCUUUGUCGGACAAGCAUGCUUCAUUAAAGGCAGCUGUUAAAGAAAUUAUGAAUCCUAUGCGUCUCCUCAAGUCAAAGACCAGGCUUCAGUUUGCAGAUAUUAAGUAUAUUUUGUCAACAUGCCCUGUAUUACGUGUCUCGGAGGCGUCCACUUUGUUGGGUAGGCUGUUAUUGGUCUUCCUCUGUGAUGCGUUGGGUGGCUACUUGGUGUUUACUGAAGUAGUAAAAUUGCUCCUACCGGAAAGUUCCGCUGUGAAGCGUUUGUCAUUUGUGGUGGACAGUUUGGAAAAUAUUUUUGUUGGAAAGGAAUCUGUUUCCUCAGCUGAGCAGGUGAAAGCUCGACUCCUAUUUGUCCAGGAAAUAAGAUAUUUAUUUGACGAGGCUAAAAGGGAGUCUCUAGUUGCGACUUCAACCGAGUCAGAGUCCAUAACCCAAACUGAAGAACUUCUUACAAGAACCAAAACACUUCUAAACGGUCUUACAAGCAGAAAACAUUAACGUUUAGAGGGAUCACCAAAAUCCUCCUACUACCUUGAACCAACUAAAGAUGCUGAUGUGAUUCCACCUGACCACGAGUAAGAAGCAUUGACAUUGCAAUCCAAAAUCGAGUUUAUCAGCGAAUUGUGCACGACAAUUCUUCUCACCUAGGCGAGAUGGCUUUUUCUUUAAAUGUUCAAGUUAUUGUAGGAACUACCAGAUUAGAUAGAUUACUUUGAUUUUGAUUUGACGGGAAUAAUAUUUAAAACUGGGAUUUGACAGUGAAAUAACUAUUUCUUUUCACGAAAGUUUAUCUAUUUUAUCGAGUGGGAAGCUUGAAUGCUUAAAAACAUCGAUUGAAGUUAUUAUUAGAUUAUCAUCAUCGUCAUUGUCGUCAUUAUCAUCGCUGGCUCCUUAUCAAUAUCAUUAUUAUUAUUAUUAUUAUUAUUAUUAUUACUAUAUCAUUAUUAUUAUCGUUAUGAACAUCCUCAAUAUUAGUGUUACCUUCGUCAUUAUCUCUACUAUCUGCAUCCAUGUCAUCAUCAUCAUCAGUGUUACUGUUCUCAUCAUAAUUAAUACAAUUAUUAUCAGUUGUUAAUUUCAUUUUGUUUACUUUUCGAUAGCCUUUGACAUACACAUUAUCUCGAUAAGUUCGAAUAACUUUUUCUUCGUCGGUCAGAUUAUUAAAGAUUAGUAUAUACUAAAACAGUGGAUAGCGUUGAGGCGCGCUCUGAUUGGCUGGUCAAACUCCGAAUAUCCUUUGCUAUUUACCUCCGAGAAACUCGGGGGAAAAUGGCGACCCGGUUUGCAUCAGUGACAAGCGAAGAAAUCACUCAAAUUAACGACGAUGGGGUAUAUUAUGUCACUGUUUUAGUAUAUAC